AAUUUUAUAAUUGGUUAAGAAUUUGUUAUUUGUUCCACAAGUUGAUAACACAAUAUUAUUCUAGCCGCAAUACACAAAUGAAUGCUUAGUUGUCUAUAGAUAUUUGUUCACUCCCAUAUUACUUCAUAGUUUAUCAUGUACGAGGAACGGUUAGAAAAAAAAGAAGAAAGUUAAUACUUUCAACUUUUCAAGUUUUAUUGCAUCCGUAGCUUUUUCCAAUUAAGUUCGAUUUUAUUAUAAGUAGUAAUUCUUAUUAGACGAUUAUAUAUUUCUUAAAUAAUACAACAAUUAUCGAUUGUAUAUAUUCAAAGAUACGUCGCAGAAAACGUUUUGUUCUGACGAUUUGUGUAACAAAUAUACAGAUAAACUAAUUUAUCAAUGGUAUUAACACAAAGUAAACAAAAAUUCAAAUACAAAAGAUGAGUAACUCCUUACUUAAAGAAGAUUAUUUGAUUCGGAUUAGGGCAAAACUUAGAAAUGAUGGAAUUAAAUUAUGGCAACCACCUUAUUUUCAAGGUACGAAGAUAUCCGACGAUGAUAUUAAGAACCUUUCAAACGACAUCGGCCAAAAUUUAAAUAUUCCAGUUGAUAUUUGUCAAGAUAUUCUUAAAACUUUACAAGCUAAGGCGCUGGAAAAUUUAAAACAAAAAAAUUUGUAUCAGGAAUCUGGUUUGGCUACCAUAAAAAUAAAAAUUUUGCAACAAUCUUCACCCAAAAGAGUGAUUCAAAAAGAACUAUUAUUAUCUAUGACAACUAUUGAAUUGAAGGAAAUAAUUAAAAACGACGCGGAUAUUUCUUUAGAAGGAUUAAAGUUGAUUAAUUCAGGAAGAAUAUUAAAAGAUCCCGAUUCUCUAGGCAGCCAGGGCGUUAAAAAUGGUUCUCAAAUACUUGCUAUUAUUUUAACAGAAACAUCAUCUCACUUUCUUCAAACAGAAAAUCAAAUUAAGGAAUUGGAAAGCAUUAAAACUGAUUCAAAGUUAUUGGCUUUAGACAACGAGUACAUGCAGGUGGAAGAUCAAUUUGGAAAUUCAUUAAAAAUCCCUCCGGAAGAAAGAAAAGCUCUUGUUGUGGCUAUGGCAUUACACGAAAAGGGAAAAUAUGCUUUGAAACGAGAUGAUUAUUCAAGGGCCUUAGUAUUUUUCCUUGAAGCAGAUCAAGAAUUCAGCCAAUGCAAUUCCCAAUUAUUAAAAACAGUAGAUAAUUACGCACUUUUGGAUUUGGAUAUAGCUUGGUGUUAUUUAUGCCUGGAAAGUUUUGUUCAGUUACCAGAGGCCGAAGAAAGAUUGAAAAGAUGCGAACAAAAGUUUCAUUCAACUUACGGUCCUAAUUUAGAAAGACUAGUCGCUGUAAAAGGAACUCCAGGAAACGAGGAAGCUUUAUUUAUGAGACUUCAUUUACUUCAAGCUAUAGUUUUUUAUCAUCAAAAUAAAAGACUUGAAGCACUGAAUCUUUUACGUAAAGCUGAACAAGAAUUGGAAUCAUUGAAAGUGGACGAACAGAGUUUAGUAACUCUAGUAGAACUAGGUUACACCACCACAGAAGCUACUUUAGGUUUACGGGCUACCAGAGGUGAUGUUAACCGGGCAGCUAAUUAUAUCAACGAAAAUAGAGAAAAAAGAGAGGAAGCCAGGAAAAAAGCAAAAGCAGAAGCUAUUUUAGAAAAAGAAAGAAAAAAAUUGGGUUUCUGCGUAGAUGGUAAACAAUACGUCGAUCCUAAAUUCGUAAAAAUUUUAGUGAACAUGGGAUAUUCGAUGGAAGCGUCUCGGAUCGCGCUUAAAAAUUGUAACAACAUUAUAACUGAUAGCGUUCAAUAUAUUCAAGAAAAUCCAUUACCCGGUCCCAGCGGUUCCAAAAGUACUCAAUUGUUAUCGUUUCUCGAUGAAUUAACCCAAGAGUUAGAAUCAGCCGGUUUUGAUCCCAGAAUGGCUCGACUGGCUUUAUCUAAACAUUCUGGAGAUAUCAUGAAAGCUGCUGAAGAACUUAUUGAAAAUGACGGUAUCGUUCUUGGGGAUUUAUCAGACAUAGUUGGUGUGGAGAGUCUUGAGAAUAUAAAGAAACGAAUGAAUGAGAAUAAAGAGAAAAACAAAGCAUUACAGAGAUUGAAAGAAGAUAUGGAAACUGUAGACGACGAUCACCUCGACAUAAAUCUUGUUAAAGAAGAAAUGUUUCUACGACAAUAUUUAUCUCUUUUAAAUCAAUAAUUGAGUAUAAGACGUAAUGUGAACAUAUUGUAUUUUUGUACGAAUUAAAAAAAUUAUGUCUGUGU